UGCACUGGUCAACAGCACUUGGCCAACACGUCUGGGGCAAAUGCACUGGACAGGAUGACGUUCAGGAUAUGCGCAUUGCAGUUCAGCCUGGUGUACCCACACAGAGCAGCAACUAUGUUGGCUCCAUGAUCAGUCAAAAACACAACACAGCCAACAAGCAGUGACGUGUCUAUUCCAAAAGCACAGAAUUUCUGGAACAGCAAGUUUCUGAUGUUCUCUCCUGUUUUGACAUGCCGUUUUUGAAUGGAACCGCAAACUAUACUCUCGAAACAAGAACAAAAUCAUCGUUUGUGUAAUGAAUGGUGCUGGAUAUGAAUGAAGUUUUAUGGUAAUCCUCAGUUCAUACAUAUCCGUUGUAAUGGCACACUCAUGUGUCUCAAGGAUGGGCUUUAUCUCCAUUGCCAUAGAUGAUUGCAGGGCUUGUGCUUUUCCCUCAAUAUGUUGAAACACAGUAGUUGGAUGUGGCAGAACAUCUCUCACAUCAAUGUACCAUAUCAAGCGGCUACGUUAACAAAGUGCUGAACUAUGUCAACAAAGCCUUUCCCAGCAACUAAGUCAUAUGGUCUAAUGUCUUUACAGUAAAGUGCGACACCUUUUUUUGUAGUUUCUUGCUUAACAUGAGCAGGAAGUGCUUUGUGGGGGAACGAAAGCUGCUUUGACCACAGAGAACUGUGCAGGUAUAUCGCCUCAGGGUAGACGUGCCAGAUUUGUGUCCGUUGUAAACAAGUUUAACUCUUUCCCAUUUUUUUCAGUGACAAUUGAGAAUUGUUUCCAGAUGUCUGCCUUGCCUUGCUUUGCUUUUGUCAAGUAAACAGCUGCUUUAAUUUUCUUCUAAUCACAUUAACCAGAGUGUGCCCAAAACAAUGGUGUAGCGCGGACAGAGCUUUUGUCCAGUACUCAUGCAGUUUCACACGCUUGUUCAAGAUGCUUUUUGUAUAAUUAAUAUAUAUCAGUGCUGUUUGUCUCUGUUUAUCUGUCUUUUAAGAGUUUGUCUCUUUUUACCUGUAAUAUCAGAUAUGUCAUGUGUGGGUGUUUUGACAACAGACAGUGAUUCUCCACAUAGUUUCACUCGUAUGUCACGAGUCCUUUUGAGAGAAAGAUCUGUUAUAACAUGUUUAAGUUCUGGUGAAAACUCCUUCACAGUCUUUUAUGAAAACGCAGAAUUGAAAGAAGUUUCAGAAUAACUUCUGCUGAAGACAGUUGAAGUUCAGUGGAGGAACAAGAAACAUCUACAUCAUCAUUAUUCAUGCUGUGAAUCUGCGAAGGGUGAUGGCAUCUGUUGAAGAACUUCUUGUGGAAUCACUGAAUGAACUGAAAAAAGCUGAAAUGAAGAAGUUUCAGUGGCACUUAAAAAAUGACCAUAAGCAUAUAUCAAAUUCUGACGUGGAGAAUGCAGAUAUCUUAGACACAGUGGAUAAGAUGGUAGCAUGUUUUGGACCAGAAGAAGCUGUGAAGAUAACGGUAGACAUCCUGAGGAAGAUGAACCAAAAUAAUCUGGCUGAGCAGCUGGAGAACAAUCACAAGCAAGGUCAGGCUGAAGGCAAUAUGAAGACAUCUGCCACUGUUGGAGCUCAUUCAAAAGAGAUAUGGGGCUCAACUGCAGAUGACACUCAAGCUACUCUUCAUGAUUACACAAAGACCAGCCUCAAUCUGAAGAAAAAAUUAAAACAGGACUACGAGCAGAUGUUGGUUGGUAAUUCACAGACGGGUCAUCGGGAAUACCUGAACGAUAUCUACACUGAUUUAUAUGUGGUGGAGAAUGAGACUGGAGGAAGAGUGAAUGACCAUGAGGUGAUACAGAUCGAAUCAAAUCACAACCGAUUGACUGCCGAGGAGAAGCCAAUUGAGUGUAAUGACAUGUUUAAAGUCCAGUGCAACACAGGUCGAAGAAACAGAAAAGUGCUGACAAUGGGGAUCGCAGGAGUGGGAAAAACUGUCUCUGUCAAUAAAUUCAUCUUCGACUGGGCUGAGGGAAGAGAAAAUCAGGAUAUAGAGUUCAUAUUUCCACUUCCAUUCCGUAGAUUGAAUUUGAUUAAAGAAGAGUACAGUCUCAUGGGACUGCUUAACAAAUACUUCUUUAGUAGUCCUGAAGAAUUGCCCUCUCUUCCUGAAGGUGACGGUAAGGUCAUGUUCAUCUUUGAUGGGCUGGAUGAAUGUCGCUUUCCUUUGAGCUUUAAAGAAGAUGACAGAUUUACAAAUGUAAAUGAAAAAACAACAGUGAGCAAGAUAAUAAUAAACCUUAUCAAGACACAUCUGGUUCCCUCUGCUCUCAUCUGGAUCACAUCCAGACCAGCAGCAGCCAGUCUGAUACCCCGUGACUACAUUGACCAAGUGACCGAAGUGCGUGGAUUUAACGAUGAGCAGAAAGAGCAAUACUUCAAAAAUAACAGCACUACUGAGGUUUCUGAAAAAAUCAUCAGUCAUAUAAAGAAAUCUAGGAGUCUGUACAUCAUGUGCCAUAUCCCUGUCUUCUGCUGGAUCUCUCUUACUGUUCUUCAGCCUCUACUGGCUCGAGAGAGCAAUGACAAAACUCCCACAACUCUCACAGGGAUGUACACAAGCUUCUUAAUUUCUCAGCAGCAACAGAUGGAAAAAAAAUACUGUGAUGACCCUGAACUUAAAGUCAAUGCAAGGUCUUUUGAUCAGAUUAUUCUGAAGCUUGGUAAACUGGCCUUUCAACAGCUGGAGAAAGGAAACCUGAUUUUCUACAAAGAAGAUCUUGAGAAAUGUGGACUAGAUGUCAGUGAAGGGUCUGUGUACUCUGGGUUAUGUACUCGAAUGUUUCAGGAAGAAAAGGCAAGAAACGUUUACAGCUUCAUACAUCUCAGUGUACAGGAAUUCCUUGCUGCUCUUUAUGUGUUUUUGAUUGGCAAAGAUGAGAAAGCUGACCUAUUUCUUCUAUCUUGGAGAGAAAAACUCACGUGGAAACUGUCCAAAAAGCCACUGUUUCAGCUUCAUAAGGCUGCAGUCAAGAAGGCUUUACGAAGUGAGAACGGACACCUGGACCUUUUCCUCCGGUUCCUUCUGGGUCUCUCACUGGAGUCCAAUCAGAGUGACCUGAAAGGACUACUGCCAGGACUGGAACUCAAAACAGAGAAUGUUAAAAACACUGUUGACUAUAUCAAACAGACAAUAGAGAUGGAGAAAUCAGUAGAGAGGACCAUCAACCUCUUCUACUGUCUGAGUGAACUGAAAAAUAACUUCGUAGAGGAAAUUCAGAAGGAUCUCAGCACAGGAAAUCUUUCAGCACAGAAUCUCUCCUCUGCUCAUUGGUCUGGUCUGGUGUUUGUGCUCCUCAUGUCAGAAGAGACUCAAGAAAUGUUUGAACUGCAGAAAUACAGAAGAUCUGAUGAAGCACUGAUGAGACUGCUGCCAGUGAUCAAAAACACCAAAAGAGCACUGCUACAGUGCUGUAAUCUCACUGCUCAGUCUUGUGAACAUUUGUCUUCAGUUUUACAAUCCUCAAACUCUGUCCUGAGAGAGCUGGACCUGAGUAACAAUGACCUGCAGGAUUCUGGAGUGAAGCUUAUUUCUGAUGGACUGAAGAGUUCAAACUGUCAGCUGGAGAUAUUGAGAUUAUCUGGCUGUAUGUUGACAGAGGAAGGCUGUGGUUAUGUGUCUUCAGCACUGAGUUCAAACCCCUCACACCUGAAAGAGCUGGAUCUGAGCUACAAUCACCCAAAGGAUUCAGGAGUCCAGCUGCUCAACAGCAAACUGAAGGAUCCAAACUACAGACUGGAUAAACUAAAUGUGGAUCAUGGAAGAGAGAUCUGGAUUACAGCAGGACUACACAAACAUUCCCAUCAGUUCACUCUGGAUCUGAACACAGCACAUAAACUCCUCUGUCUGUCUGAGAGGAACAGAGUGAUUACUGUCACUGACACAGAGCAGCCGUAUCCUGAUCAUCCAGACAGAUUUGAUCAUUGGUGGCAGGUGUUGUGUAGUGAGAGUGUGUGUGGACGCUGUUACUGGGAGAUUGAGUGGAGUGAUGGUGUGUCUAUCUCAGUGUCAUAUAAGAGCAUCAGGAGGAGGGGAUCGGGUAAAGAGUGUUUGUUUGGACGUAAUAAUCAGUCCUGGAGUUUGAACUGCACUUCUUCCAGAUACUCAUUCAUGCACAAAAACAUAGAGACUGUUCUCCCUGUAGAGUCCAUCAGCAGGAGAGUAGGAGUGUAUGUGGAUCACAGUGCAGGAACUCUGUCCUUCUACAGCGUCUCUGGAGACACAAUGAUCCUUAUCCUUACAUUCAAGACCACAUUCACUCAACCGCUCUAUCCUGGGUUUGGGGUUUAUACUGGAUCAUCAGUGAAACUGUGUUAAUAAAUCAGAACAGACUGUGGAGAGAUUCUACCCAUAAUGCUUUGAGCUCAUGAUAAAUCAGUAACAGUCACACACUGGCUUGACUAGAUGAUCCAAGAUAAGAGGACGAACACUUACAUUUAAUAAACACCAGCAGGAAACAUUAACACAAGACAAUAAACAUGACUGAGGGUUUAAAUACACUAGAUAACAAGAGACUGAUGGUGAUGAGUUUUCAUGGUUACAAAUGAGGGUUGCUAUGGGAAUUAAUGAGAGCAAUAGAGACACAGGAACCAGGAACUGUACCCAGGUGAAAAAAAGUAUACUUGAGUGCAUUAAAAAAAAUACUUAAAUACAAGCAAGUACAUUUGUAGUACAUUCUUUAUUUUGGUGCUAAAUAAAAGUGUCAAAGUUAUACACUAUAAAUACACUAAUUCAAAGUAUAUUUAUACUUCAGUAGUACUUCACUGCACUUGGAAAAGUAUACUAAAUACCACUACUACUUAAAUUGAUUUUUAGUGCAAUGAAAUAAAGUAUUCUACCACAAAAAUAUACAGAGGAGUUUUAUUAGUGUAUUUGUUAAAAGUUUGCUUUAAAUGCUUUAAAAAUGUUACAUAGUAAUGUUUUACAUAGUAAUCCUAAGUUUAAAUGAAAUUCAUUUUAUUACAAAUAUAUUAUUAAUGUACUAGUUAUUAGUACAUUUUCCCAACUGUGCUACUUAAGUACACUUAAUAUAAAUGCAUAUAAUUAGCACAAACUCUUAAAUAGUUUUUUAGUGCAUUUCUUAAAAGUGUGCUUUCAAUGCUUUAAAAUUAGUUCAAUCUUAGUAGACUUUUAUAUAAUAAUCCUAAAUUUAAAUGACAUAGAUUUUCAUACAAAUAUAUUACUAAUGUACUAGUUAUAAGUACAUUUUCCCAACUGUGGUACUUAACUAUACUUAUACUUACUUAAUAUAAAUGCACUAAUUAGCACUAACACUUCAAAUGAUUUUUAGUGUAUUCAGAAAAAGUAAACCAAAUAUAGUGUUUUAUAAGUGCAUUUCUUAAAAGUGUGCUAUGAAUGCUUUACAUAAAAUUGUACUGGGUUUUUGUGUAUACUAUCACUAAGUUCUAUUUUAAUGGAUUUUCAUGAAAAAUACAGUAAAAAUUAAUUACAAGUAAAUUUGCAGGUGAAAAAGGCCUAGUAUUAAAUGUAUUAAAAAUAUACUUGAAAUGCAAGUUGUUAAUAAAACAUUUGUAUUCCCAACAUGCUUAUUAGAAGUGCAUUAAAAAUAUUUUGAAUUGCAUUUCAAUAUAUUUCUAAAAAGUAAAUUAGAAGUACUUUGGUAGUAAAUAUAUGCUUAGUUAAACUUUUAAGAAAUAUGCUAAACACAAGCAUAGUUUUAAUAUAUUUCAAAAAAAGUAUUCUAUAAGUAUGUUGGUAAUAAAUAUAUGCUUAGUUACACUUUAACACAUAUUCUGAAAACAAGCACACUUUUAAUAUAUUUCCAAACAGUAUACUAGAAGUGUUCUGGUAAUAAAUAUAUACUUAGUUAAAUUUUUAAAGAAUAUGCUAAAUACAAGCAUACUUUUAAUAAAUUUCUAAACACUUUACUAGAAGUACAUUGGUAAUAAAUAUAUGCUUUGAUACACUUUUAAAAAAUAUGCUAAACACAAGAAUAAUUUUAGUGAAGUUAGUGUAUUUACAGAAAACAUAUAGUUAUGUUACUCUUACUUAAAGUAUUUUUUAUAUGUACUUUAAGAAAAUAGCAAAAGGAUUGAGCUUUAAGUGGGUUAAAAUGUACUUAAUAACCAUGUGUAGGUCUACUGCAAUAUAGCCUAUUUUAAAUAUUUAUAUAUUUAGAAUUUUAAUAUUUUCAAAAUAAAGAUAUUUUGAAAAACAUUUUAAGAUUUACAAUGUACCAACUUAAUGUAUUAUAAACAUUUGUCAACUAUUAUUAAGCAUUGCCAUAAGCAUAUUUAAAAUUAAUAUGUUGUUCAGUUUUACUUAUUUGUACUUAAGGCUGUUGUCCAUUACAUAUGUUAAUUGUAAUAGAGUACUACUGGAAUUCCCACAAGGAUUUCAACAUCAUAUUAUUUGAAAUGCAUCAUAAAUCAAUUUUCUAAAGAUGUUUAAAAAAUCCCUAUAUAUUUACUUGUGUUUAAAUUUAAUCAACAAGUGUAACACACGUGACGAAACCUGAUUGGUUCCAAGGUCAUGGAACAGCUCUGAUUGGUUCUUAUGAUAAUGAGCUGCAGCCUCUCACCUGAGAGAAGCUGUUUACCAGAUAUGCUGUGCAUACGUAGCCUAUGUGCCUUUAAUGUUAAUAAAAGACUAAAUUUAAACUGUUAAAUUAUAUAGACUAGAGUGAUCGUGUCACUUUAGAGCACUUGGAAGAGACCACGCGAUUCAUCAUUACUUUUUUUUGCGAUGACUUUUUGAAACGUGAACAGUUUUGGUGAAUCGUCUUUCAUCGGAGGGAUAUGAUACAUUAAAAUAUCUCAGUUUUUCUUUCGUGUGGCUUUUGGAACCCCGUUAUUUUGUGACUCCAGUUAAGAUUUGUAUGUAAUUAACUUUACUUUUCUGUGCCAGUCGUAUUUUUGAUACAAAGUGUAACAGCACGUCUUUUUCAAUGCAGCUAUAUUCAAUUUGACCAAUCAGACGCGAUCAGAUUAAGAUGCUGCACGCAGAAGUUACUGGUAAGUUUUUAGUUGCUGUUUGCAUAAAGAAAAUAUAUGCUGUUUGCAUAAAUAAAAAAAAAAUUAAAAAAACUGAAAUCUUAGUGUAGAGACAAGCAAAGAAGAGUGUGUUUUAAUGACGUAUCACCUCUGUUAUAGAGAUUUUUUUUUAAUCAGGCCUAAUAGAGAGUGAUUCUUUCAAUCUUGAAACUGAAUACAACAAGUUGAGAAAACUCAAAAAUCUGCUGAAGUUUGUUGCCUUAAACUUAAGUUUUCUCAACUUUUGAUUUUUUUUUUUUUUGUUGUUGAUUUUUUCCAGUGCAGGUGUCUAAUUUGUGCUUCCUUUGAGUCAUUCAUGUAAAAGUUUAUUUUUUAAUUGUUUCUGUUUUUGGUAAACCAAAAUUAUCAAUAUACAAGAUACCCUGUAAUA